AAACCCCACUCAUCAGAGCGGGAAAAAUCAAAACAAAAAAAUCAUCAGACGUCAAAAUUAGAAGGUUGCCGGAGAGCUGCGGGCGCUAGCAUAAACAAAUUUGUUCUUGCGUUAAUUUAUCGUAAAACUCAUGUUAAUUAAGUGAAAUGCGAAGAAAUAACAUCAACAUAGUGACCGCGUUGCUCAACCGUGAACAUGCAGCACAGAAAUUCCACCCCGCGUCGUUCAGGAAGAUCGCCUUGGAGCUCGCCGAAUACUCGCUUCUGGAGCGCUUGAGAAACCAGGAUCUUUGUCAGCCGCUGGAUGACCUCUCCAACGAAACCGAGUCGGUAUUCAAUGUGGAACAAAGCCACAAUGGGUGCUACGCUGCAACGGUACAGACUAACAAGAGCGUCAAUAUCUUUGAAGUUAGUUCGAUGAAGAAGACAGCGGAGUACCAUACGAAUGAGAGAUCUGUAUGGACACUGGCAUUCCAUCCGUCCAAUCCAGCAAUAAUCGCAUUUGGAACACUAGGAGGCAAGGUGUUCGUCUACGUGGAUGGGAAAGAAUCAGCAUGGUUAGAGGAACCGGAACCUAUCGCAUCGCUCUGCUUCCAUCCCAUAGAUAACUACUUGGUGCUGGCCAGUGGAAACGAAGUCACAUUUUGGGACUGGUCGAAUAAUUCCAUCAUGAGCACAGGGACGACCUACAACGAUUCAAAGUGUCGCUUUCUACGAAUAACUAGCAGUUCCAUGCUUGUGACGGGUAUCUCGCAAACCCUUCUCUUUUCGUCGGCUUCGAUAGGGAAAAACUUGACGAGCGUUGAGCCACAAUAUCUGAUGGCUUCGUUCCUAAGAACGGUUAACUACAUGCUCGAUUGUUUGGAGCACGGCUGCACCAUUGGGAACAGUUUCAAUGCCGAGUUCAAGAAGCAGUUUUAUCUCUGGAACCAUCUACUGAAGGUAAUCAUAGACAAAACCAAGGAGCUUAGAUGCUUCGUAAGCAUUAAGACGGAUGCAGAAUGCACGAAAUCUUAUCUCAACAAAACGCUAGUGAUAUUGAAUCGUCGAAUAGACAGCAUUCUGGAGACUGUAGAACGGUCGGUGUUCAGACUCCUUCCGGAUAGUGGCGGAAGUGUUGAACAUGAGUAUAUCGAACAGUUUUGUCGGCUUCCUAUGCUUUACUUCGAGCAAGUGUGCUCCAGUUAUGUGGAGCAGAUGUAUAGCGGUUAUAUUAGGUAUGUCUUCGACUUGACGUUAGUAAAAAAUAUUCUGUACAAAAUUUUCAAAUUAUACUUCGACUAUGGUCAUAAGCUACCAUUCGAGGAAUGGUUAAAGCUGGAAUAUCACAUAGAUAGUUGCAUUAUUUCUCGAAACGCACCGCACAAAAACCAAUUUAUUCUACAAGCUUGGGAUCUGAGAGAUUUCCGAGAAACGUCGGCGGCACCGGAUUUCAAGGAAGACUGGAAAAACAUUAUCUCCAUUUGCUCUAUCAACAAUGACUCGAAUGUGUCUAUAUCACAAUGUGAACAGUUCAUUGCAUCGGUUCACAGUAAGGCAGUUCACGAAAUGGAGGUGCGUAGUCUAUGUCCAGCGAAUUUCGGUGAAUGCGUGUUCGUCUUCAGGUUCACAGCAAACUUCGUAUCGCUGUCCUUCUCACCCUCGGGUAAGUAUAUCGUAAUCGGGUUGCGGUGCAAGAAGCGCCUCAAGUUCGCCUACAUCCUGGACAAGGAUACCCGGUGGAAGAUUGGUGUUGAUUUCCGCUAUGAUCUCAACGGCUGCGAGAGCCGUGAUGCCGAUACUUCGCUACCAAACGAUCGUGUCGGUUUGAAAUUAUGUAUGCCAAAAGAAUCACUUAACUAUAAGGAAAUUAACUGUAUCAAGUGGGCUACGCUGCCAGGAUAUGGAUUUUUCAUAGGACUGAAAUCAAAAUUUAUACAAAUAUGCAGGUAACACUGCCAAAAGAAA